AUGUUGCCUCUGUUAUUAUUCCGGUGGCCAUCAUCAUCAUCAACGGCGAUGCAUAAACUUUUUUCGCCUCUUCUCCUUCUGUUGCCUCUUUUUCCUCUGCUCGCAGCUUCCACCUCCAAACCAGGCGGGAUCGAUAAAAAUAGCGGUACAAGAAUUAACGAGGGAAGUAGCGGAAAGGGGGGGAAAAAGAGGAAGCAAGAACAAAAUAAGAAAAAAUACCGGCAAAAGAGAAUAUUGAAGGCGAGGCAGAGGAAGGAAAUGGAUCUCCAUUCCCCCUCCGACGAAGAAACAGGGUCCUCGCAAUUGCCGCAACCACCGGACCUCGAUACCUGUUGGCGCAGUGUUUUGCAUUACAUACCGUCAAAUGAAAAAGACUGUUCCAUGCAUGUUUCUGAAAAGUGCCAGAAUCCGGCAUAUGUUUAUAUGAGCUCCACUGCAUGGCGCCGACUUGUUGAAACGGAGGGCGCUUGCCACGCUGUAGAGCUUAUGCUCGGUUUCGGUUUUGUGCCCGACCCUGAAGGGGUUGCAAGUCUCAGUGGGUGGAUUGAGUGCGAGGCCGCAUCCACAGGCACACAACCCGACGACACCAACAGCACUGCCGAGGCCGCAGAUUUUACUGCGUUUCUUCUCCCAGCGAUUACUAAUGAGAAGCCUGACGGUAAUCGGGGCGUUCGGUUUCAGGUGAUGCGACAUAAGGGUGGCGAAGGCCCGUUCGGUACAAUUGUUGGCCGCACAUUACCACCUGUGACCGCAGUUCCGCGUAAUCAAUCAGACAGUCCGACGCCCUCUUGCCAGGGAGGAAGGAGCAGUGAGACGUCAAGCAAGCUGGCGGGUCCUUCCCAUUUGCAGCCGUCGGCACGCGGUGCCGUGUCUGAAGCACCACCGUCGGCAUCAGGGAAUGGACCUAUGGAUUCUUUUAGCGCAGCAUCAAGCAAGGAAGCGGAAGGGUCAUCGGUACCUCACCUGCAUCUUGAGGCACAAGUGAAGGAGUUGAAGCGGCAGGUGCGUUUCUUGAAGCUGCAGAAGUCCGGUGCUCAUGACGGUGUUGCUAUCUGGGACGGGUCAUUGGCAUCGUUGCCUACGUCCCCUACUCGUGUAGCCCCGUCCUCGACUUCGCAGCAGCUGUCGACUCAGGAGCCACAUAUCACCAUCCAUCAUGAUGUCCCAUUGGUUGCUUCUACCAGCUGCCAGACUCCAGUAUGGCUUUCGGUGAGUUAUCUCGAUCCCGAUUGUGCACCGUACGUCGUCUCACUCGGUACCGGCUCUAGCAGAACGCUGCUUGCCUGUGCCACUGCUGAGCAACGCUUCGUUUUCUUCGUAGCACCGCCUUGUUGUCGCGGGCGCCGGCCCGUCGAUCUGCUCUGUACGAGAGAUGGCACUCUGCACCGUUACGCAGGUCCAGUGUGGCUGGAUUACCGGGCGCAAGAUCCUCCUAAUACCCUUACUCACCACGCUGUCAAUCAACUUCUGCAGGACAUUCCCCUCCCGACGUCUACGGUAUCUGUGGAUGCCGCGAAUCUUAGUGAGGCAGAGCUAGCCAAGAGCGAAAGCGUCUUCGAUGACGAUAACACAGGGUGUGACACCGACACCGCUGCAACGGUGUCUGAACUUGGUUUUGAGUCCGAGCCACGCCUGCCCCUAACGAAGGAAAUGUUGCGAUUCAUUCAAAAUGGUGCAUUGUCUUCGUCAAUCCCGAGGCGUCGGCGCGUGGGUACAAGCGCAGUGGAGAGUAGCAGCACUGGAGGUGUUGUGGACGCGGACAGGGACGGUGUGGAAGAUGGAGACGAAGAUGAUGGGGACGCCGCUGCUGCCAGACAAGAAUCUCAGGCGUCGCAGACAUGGCGUGGAAGCACGAGGGCAGAUGUGCUCGGAAGCACGCUAUUCAGUACUGGGCAUCAGACGAGUUGCGUGCACGGCCCACACAGCGUCCGGUCAGAUGAAGAGGCGACACAAUCCGCAUUUCCAUACACCGAGUUGAGCAGUUCUUCCAUGACGUCCGUGUUGAGUCACGAAAGUGUGGCCUCCACAGCCGCCGGCAUUAUGGUACGUAGAGGUUGGGUCCGCACUUAA